CUGACCCGCGCCACGGCACACGUCUACUCCGUGCCAUACAUACGCCUCAAUGGCAAACUUUUACUUUCGCGCAAUUUUUUAAAACUAUCAUCUGUGGUGUGUGUGAUGUGAAUUACAAGUUGACCGUUGAAAUAUGUUACUCUUACUGAUUUGGAGUGUUGCGCUUGCGCCGGCGUCUGCUCAAGUGGAGCGUCGCUGCGGCCACCCAGCCGUGCCUCCCAACGCCAGGGUGUCUCUCCCGGGGGACGACAUUGUCCCGGGUACCAUGGCCACCUACGAAUGCGAUGAUGGGUACGAGCUCUUCGGUGCCCAUCAGAGGGAAUGCACCAUCAGAGGCGAAUGGACUGCCGAGCCACCGUUUUGUGGCACCAACGUCGCCUUCAGAAAGCCAGCGAACCAAUCCACGACGGUGCGCGGGGGCAGUGCUAGCAACGGGAAUGACGGGGAGAAGACCACGGAACAUGAUGGGAAGAGAUGCAGCGAGACCCAGAGGGAAGCCUCGCCCUGGUGGCAGGUGGAUCUGCUGAGGCACUACGCGGUGAAGGUGGUCAGGGUCACCACUAGGGGAUGCUGUGGCCACCAACCGCUGCAAGACCUGGAGAUCAGGGUGGGCAACAGCAGCUCAGACCUUCAGAGGAAUCCCCUGUGCGCCUGGUUCCCAGGGACUAUUGACGAAGGAGUAACGAAGACGUUCACGUGCGCCCGUCCCCUGAUCGGCCAGCACGUGUUCCUGCAACUGGUGGGGGUAGAGGGGUCCCUGUCUCUCUGCGAGGUCGAGGUCUUCACUACCGAAGAAUUUUCCAACGACCGCUGCGCGCCGACCGCAGCACCGGCUGACAUCGAACUGGCCGCCUUCUCCAGGAACUGUUACGAAUUCAACGUCGCCAAGGGGGGCUCCUUCGACGAGGCCAGGAAGCAGUGUCAGUCCCACGGCGGCGACUUGAUACACGGCUUCCAGGGUGCUACAUCGAGUUUCCUGACCCAGGAGUUGGAGAGAAGGAAAGCUCAACUCAAGACCCAGCUCGUCUGGAUCGGAGCACAGAAGGAACCAGGACUCACUUCUAGGACCUGGAAAUGGGUGGAUGGUGAGGUGGUUUCAAAGCCGACGUGGGGCAAAGACCAGCCCAACAAUUACAACGGGGAACAGAACUGCGCGGUCCUGGACGGAGGGCGAGCCUGGCUCUGGAACGACGUGGGCUGCAAUCUGGACUACCUCCACUGGAUCUGCCAGUACCUACCUCCGUCGUGUGGAAGCCCAGACAAACUCCUGAACACGACCAUCGAAGGGAACAAUUACCAAGUGGGCGCAUCAAUAGCGUACAGAUGUCCAGAAGGGCACAUGCUUAUUGGGGGCAAGACCAGAGAGUGCAAGAAAGAUGGCUUCUGGUCUGGCACGGCGCCUAGCUGCAAGUAUGUGAACUGCGGAGGACUGACUCCAAUACAAGACGGAGAAGUGGCUUUAAUCGAUUCCCGAACAACCCACGGAGCCAGAGCGUUAUACAGUUGCAGAGAGAAUUACACCCUCGUUGGAGAAGCAGAAAGGGUGUGCGGGGACGAGGGAAUCUGGAGUGGGGAGCCUCCGAAGUGCUUGUUCGAUUGGUGCCCUGACCCACCGCCCGUGGCUGGAGCCGUGGUGGCUGUGAGCGGUCACAAGGCAGGCGAUCUCGCCACGUAUACCUGCCAGAACGGGUUCAUCUUAUUUGGACCACCGAGUGUAACCUGCUCUCUCGGAGGGCAGUGGUCCGGCACGCCCCCCUCCUGCAAGUACGUUGACUGCGGCACUCCCGCGCAGGUGCACAAAGGCUCCUUCCAGCUCCUCAACGGCACCACCACAUACGGCUCCAUCGCGCAGUUCAGCUGCGAAGCUGACUAUUGGCUAGCAGGAGCGGAGGAGAUCACGUGCAACAGAGAUGGAAAAUGGUCGCAUGAUAUACCUACUUGUGAAUUGAUAUCAUGCCCUGACCCUGAAGUUCCCGCUGGGGGCUACAUGGAGGCCUACGACUACAACGUUCACUCGACGAUAGAUUUCCACUGCGAACGCGGGCACAGACUGGUCGGCGAGCCUAGUCUCACGUGCCAACAGGACGGCGAGUGGUCGGCCGAGUCGCCUAAAUGUGAAUACGUGGACUGCGGUAAACUGCCGUCUCUUCCAUACGGUUCUGCGGAACUCCUCAACGGCUCCACUCACCUGGGCAGCGUGAUCCAGUACUCCUGCACAACCAACUACCGCCUCGUGGGCCCCGUGAGGAGGACCUGCACGGAGGACCACCAGUGGAGCGACAGCUCUCCGCGGUGUGAAGAAAUCCGUUGCCCCGAUCCCGUGGUGCCUGAAAACAGCAUCGUAUCCGUGACGGGCAACGACCGGAUGCACGGCCGUACGUUGAUCAGGACGUCCGUGAGCGCGACGUCCGGCAACACGUACCGGAUCGGCGCCCUGGUGAAGUACCGGUGCGAGAGGGGGUACAAAGUGGUGGGGGAAAGCCUGUCCACCUGUGAGGACAAUGGCCAGUGGAGCGGCACCACGCCUAAAUGCCAAUACGUGGACUGCGGCAACCCAGGGCGGCUGGAGAACGGCAAGGUGACGCUGGCCACAAACGCGACGUACUACGGCGCGGCCGCUCUCUACGAGUGCCACGAACACUGGCAGCUGACUGGCGUUUCGAGGAGGCUGUGCCAGGACAACGGCACUUGGAGUUCCGAAGCUCCUCUUUGCAAAGAAAUCACUUGUCCGGACCCAUCCAUCCAAAUCAAGGGCAGCACAGGUCUGCUGGUGGUGACUUCGACACUCAGCAUCGGCGGAGAAGCGCACUACCGUUGCGAAAGGGGGUACGGCCUCAAAGGGAACCAGACGAGGCCCUGUUUGCCAAGGGGGCAGUGGGCAGGGGCUCCUCCUGUUUGUAUACCGAUCGACUGCAAAGCUCCAGGGCAGAUUGAGAACGGGCGGAUCAUAAUAGCGAAUGGGUCAACUUUAUUCGGGAGCUCCAUCGAGUACCACUGCUUGCCUGCUUUCCAGAGAGUCGGGCCUUUCCUCAGGAAAUGUUUGGAUGACGGGAGGUGGUCUGGGGAAGAGCCGAGCUGUGAACUCCUCAGUAAUGAAGCGGCUGAUAGUGGAACCUUGCCCUUGAGCGUGGGUGUAGGCUGUGGGGUCGUGUUGUUCCUGUUGCUGCUGUUGGGAAUCGUGUAUUUGAGACUGCGUAAAGCGACUCCAGUGAAAAACACAGAAAAUAUAGAAGGCGCUGAGAGGAAAGAGGAUCAGAACGCGGCCGUGAUGAGCUACGCCACGCUGCACGACUCCAACGGUCGACACAUAUACGACCACGUCACGGACAACGUGUACGACUCGCCGUACAGCGAGAGAAUCACCGACAACGCCGAGUACGGGAGACGAAGCGACACUGACUCCGCUUACGAACCCGAGCCGACGGGGCCGAGUGCCGUCGUCACCAUCAACGGAGUCGCGGUACGCUGAAAACUUUAAAUAACAGUGUUCCAAUUAAUAGUGGCUUCGGCCGUCCGGCUCGAAGGACCAAUAACGAAAACGGUAACCAAAAAUAACGAAGUGUUUUUAUUUCGUCCCUAGUGUCAUAAAAUGCUUUUUAUUGGUUUUAAUUUAAUGUUCCUGUGAAAUUGUGAACGUUACCUCGAUUGCGGAAUUAUCAAGUGGUUACCAUUCUAGACAUUGAAUUUUAGGAUUUAAUCUCAGGUCAGAGAAUGUUUCGAGAACUUUAGUGUGUUCAGCGUGACCAACCCUUACUAGGUAUUGAACCAAAGAUGUAAAUGAGUUGGAAUUAUAUGGAAUAAAAUUUGUAAUUAGUUGUUUAAAGCCUUAAGACUGCCAUUUUUCGUCAUAAAUAAUACUGGAGAGUUCAGAUAUCUCAACUUUUUUAUAUUCGCAAUCAAUUUUAAGUGCUUAUUAUUUUAUGGCGAAAAGCGGCCAGCUGAAUUAUUAAUUUCAAUGUAGCUUUUAAACUAUUUGCAUUACAAGUGAACAAAAGCCUAGUUCAGUAAGUAUUGACUAUAUUUAUUGUGGCGUCUUGAUGUAUCAUUAGUAUAUUUUAGAUAGUGAUGCCAAAAUUAUAUUUUUAAAAUGUCUAUUCAUUAACCGUUUCUUAUAUUGUUCCCUGGUUUUAUAAGUCUUACUGAGAAAUCAAAAUUUUGGAAGUAUUUGCGAAACGCGAAGUUAGUUUUAUUUUAAUCUUUCAUAUUAUCUUUUAAACAAACAAAUUCAUUCUGCGUAUUAAAAUUUAAUCAACAAAUACUGAAUAAUUGAAAUGUACGAAACUAUGUGUAAAAUAUAGGAAAAUUAUAGUCAUCCGGGAAGAAUAUUAUUUUGUAAUAUUAAUUACUAUUAGGUACAUACUAACAAAGUGUUUUAGUAUUUUGGACGUACCUAUUCGUACGUAUUCUUAAGCUUAAUUUAUUAAAAGUGUUUAUAAUCCCAAGUUUAAAUGUUCUUAUUGCUCUGUUCCUGCCAUAUAUAUAAUUAUACCAUGAUUCUAAGGGUAUUGCUGAUUUUUAUUAUGUUUCUUCAUAUUGUCAGAAAAACCUUUAAAAUAAUAAUGAAAUUUUACUAAAGUUUUCUACAAGGUUUUACACAAAACAUAAUAUUCGGAGUCAAAUUUAUACAAAUGCUUAAAAAAUGCUUCUUUGUAAAUAUCUAGUAGUAAGCAACUGUAUGGAUUAAAUUUCUUUUUAAUCUUGCAGUAUUCCUAUCACGACAUGAUCAUAAUAAAUUAAAAAUACAAUUUAUUUAAAUUAAGGGUUUGCGAAUUAUAAAAAUACAUAUUUACGCAGCGUAGAACUUCGCGGGUCUCAAUCUAGAACUAUACGAGUAGAAUGUUUUUAAAAUACCAUUCAAAUAUACAUUACUUAAAAAUUCAGUACCCGCAUUAUAACUGUCAAAAUAAUAAUUUUAACAUUGCGAUGAUUGCUUUAGUUUAAGUUUAAUACAAAUUCCUACAUUUUAUACCUUAUUGUUUAGAUUUGAUGUGAAUGUGGUCGAAAAUCACAACUUCAUCAUUGUCUUUCAUUGUUUAGAUAUGCUUAAGAAAAUGCAGUAAUAUAUGUAUGUAUGUGCUGUUUUGAAUUUCGUUGCAAAAUUAAUUUGAUUGUAUAACUAUUGACCUUAAAAACAAAUCUCACUGCCAAUGUGAAUCAAUUAUAAUAAUAUUUAAAAAUCUUUUUUAUCCUAAUUAAAAUGAUACCAAUUAUAA